GGGCUUUGUUUUUCUCUUCUUUAUUUAGUCUUGCCUCACUUUACUUGCGCAUUCGGCUUCUUUCUUUAAACCAUUUCAGCAGAUCAGUGCCUUCGAGACUGUAGGGACGGCGAUUCUCCGACUAGCAGAAGAUGAAGAUUUUUGUCAAGACUCUCAAGGGCACUCACUUCGACGUCGAAGUGAAGCCUGAGGACACGGUUGCUGAUGUGAAGAAACAGAUAGAAACUAGUCAAGGUUCAGAUGUAUAUCCUGCUUCACAACAGAUGCUAAUUCAUCAAGGAAAAGUACUUAAAGAUAGCACAACAUUGGACGAAAACAAAGUUGCUGAAAACAGCUUUGUUGUGAUAAUGUUGACUAAGAGUAAGAGCUCGAUUGGUGAAGGUUCAGGUGCAUCAACCGCGACUAUAACUAAGGCACCACAGCCAAGUGCACCUUCUGCUGCUCCAACUGUGACAUUAACGGCACCUCAGGCUCCAAUACCAACUUUAGCAUCGCCUGCUUCGGUUACCACACCUGCUCCUGUCUCUUCAGCUACCACAGAGGUAGAAUCUAAUCCCUACGGCCAAGCAGCAUCUGAUCUGGUAGCUGGAACUAACUUGGAGGGAACAAUUCAGCAAAUUCUGGAUAUGGGUGGAGGUACUUGGGACAGGGAUACUGUUGUACGUGCUCUUCGUGCUGCUUUCAACAACCCAGCGAGAGCUAUUGACUAUCUUUAUUCUGGUAUCCCUGAGCAACCCGAAGUUCCAGCUGUAGCCCAUAUUCCUGUGAGUGGGGAAGUUGCAAACCUUCCAGCACAACCUCCACAAUCAGCUCAACCAGCAUCCACUCCUCCAAGCGGACCUAAUGCCAAUCCUUUAAACCUUUUUCCCCAGGGCCUUCCGAAUGUGGGUGCUGGUGGUGCUGGUGCAGCCAAUCUUGAUUUUCUGCGUGACAGCCAACAGUUCCAAGCCUUGCGAGCUAUGGUGCAGGCUAAUCCACAAAUAUUGCAGGUACUUCUUCCCAACCCAAAUGUUAAAGAGGUAGGCUUUAUGAAUGUAUAUGUUGUUGUUCCAACUCACCGAAAGAUAGAGAUUGCCAUCAGAAAUGCUCCAGUCAGGUCACAUCCACGUUUGUCCUUAGGCCCCAAAGCCAAAAAGUUAAAAGCUCUCCCGAAGGAUGUCGCAUGGUUUGCAUUUUUAUUGUUCUUUUACAUCGACAUGAUGUGUGUGCGCUUCAAUAAUGACAUGUUCUAG